AUGGGGGUGUAUCCGACGAUCGAAAUCCUGGAAAAGGGACUUGUAGUCCCCAGCGAGGAAACCCCGGCGAAGGAAAUCUGGCUCUCCAACCUCGACCUCCUCGCCACACGCCACCACACCCCGACGGUCUACUUCUACCGCCGCCCCUUCAAUGACGACGGAUUCUUCUUGCCAGAAACACUCAAGGCCAGCCUAGCUCGCGCGCUCGUUCCAUUCUACCCUCUCGCCGGCCGCCUCGUUUCCGGAGCCGACGGUCGUCCUUGGAUCCGAUGCACGGCCGAGGGUGCCCUCUUUGUCGUCGCAAAAUCAGAAUCGGCCGUUGAAGAUUUCGGGGAUUUUGCACCUUCCGAUGAGUUCCGGCGGCUUCUUGUUCCUUGUGUUGAUGGCGCCGACGAGGCUGAUAUGCCGCUUGUGCUGUUACAGCUAACCUUCUUCCGGUGCGGCGGCGUCUGCCUUGGCACGGCUAUUCACCACACCGCCGCCGACGGUCUCGGAUCCCUCCACUUUAUAAAUUCGUGGGCCAGAAUCACCCACACCGACACUCAAAUUCCCAUCCUCCCGUCCGUCAACCGCACCAUCCUCCGAGCCCGCUCCCCUCCAUCCAUAACCUCCACCACCCAAAUCGACUGCUACACCACCCAAUCCACACAGUCUGCUCCUUCCUCCACUAACCCUCCCUUCACCUCCGCCAUCCUCAAACUCUCCAACCACCAUCUCUCCCUUCUCAAAACCACCCCCAACAAAAACAAUCCUAAACCCCCUCUUUCCACCUUCAAAGCCGUCGUCUCCCACAUCUGGCGCUCCGCCUGCAAAGCCCGUGGGCUCGACCCAUCCUGCUCGACUCGAAUCUACAUUGCCGCCGACACCCGUACCCGCCUGCGACCGCCUCUCCCCGACGGCUACCUGGGCAAUGCCGUCUUCCGCACGUCGGCGAAGGCCACGGCAGGGGAGGUACUGUCGGAGCUUGGAGCGGCCGCGAAGAUUGACGAUGCGGUGAAGGCACUUGAUGAUGAGUUUAUAAGGUCGUUGGUGGAUUACUUGGAGGAGAAAGUGAAUGAUGUUGGGCUGAGGAAAGAUGGGUGGGUUAUGCCGCAGACGGAUUUGUGGGUGGUUAGUUGGAUGGGAAUGCCGGUUUAUGAUGCGGAUUUCGGGUGGGGGAAGCCGGUUUAUAUGGGAAGAGCGUGUAUGCAGUUCGGUGGCUUGGCUUAUCUUAUGCCGAGCUCGCCGGAGGAGGAGGAAGAAGGAGGCGUUUCGGUUGUGAUGACAAUGGAGGAGGGUAAAAUGGGAAGGUUCAAGGAGAUAUUUUAUGAAGACAUUGGGAGUGCUGGUUCGGCUCAUAACUGAACCGGU